AUUUUUAUUAUGUCGCAUUCUGACAGGAGUUUUCACUAGAAAAGAUACAGUGCAUUGUAAGAAUAUAGUAAAACAUGUUAUUUUAAUCCAAUGACCCAACGAAACAUAUAUUCGAAUCUCGAGACGCGAGUGGGAAGGUUGAAUUAAUCAUAAACCAACGAUUAAAUUUCUAUGUUCCGUUUUCGUCUACUGAAAGUUGACAGAAAUUUUGUCUGCAGUGCCGCAUAAUCCGCUCAAUAUUUGCAUUGGAACUGCACAGGAUAGACUAUGUUUCGGCCCAACAGGAAUCAAAAAGGAGUAAAGGGAAAAAUUCUUGACCCUGAUAUAGAUUUUUCCAAGGCAAAAAGUGUUCACAGCAUAUCGUCCUGGUGGGGUAUUGGUGGAAUUUUCAUCAUUCUCUUCAUUGGCAAUCUGACUAGUUACACUAAUUCACAUUUACCAGAUGCCCUCCGCAACGCUCACCUGGUAAAAUAUCCAAAUGCCUUUAUCGCUGAGCGAGCCUACAAAGAUUUAAAGAUCUUGAAUGAUUUCGGGCCAAAGCCUACCGGAAGUUACGCCAACGAGAUUCUCGCGGUAGACUUCCUGCUACGAGAAAUAUCCUACAUCGAUCAGUUAAGGAACAAGAAUCAGCAUAUCGCAGUUGAUAAACAGGUCGUAUCCGGUGGUUAUGUUGGCGUCUAUAUGAACAAAUCCGCUGCCAGCGUAUACCGCAAUGUUCAGAAUGUGGUUGUCAAGCUGGUUGGGAAAAAGCAGGACGACGCGCUACUACUGAAUUGUCACUUCGAUUCUGUUGCAAACAGCCCAGGGGCCAGCGAUGAUUUGUCCGGCUGCGCAGUGAUGCUAGAAAUUCUACGAGUUUUGUCCCGGCAAGCCGAACGCAAUCGGUUUUCGAUAAUAUUUCUUUUUAAUGGCGCAGAGGAAACUCCACUACAGGCAUCCCAUGGUUUCAUCACGUCACACCAAUGGGCCAAAGAAGUACGAGCGUUCAUCAAUCUAGAAUCUGCGGGCUCUGGCGGCAAAGAAAUGCUGUUCCAAAGUGGACCGAGGAACCCUUGGUUGAUAGAAAUGUACGCUAAGGCUAUUAUGUAUCCCUAUGCUCAGGCAGCAGCCGAAGAGGUGUUCCAAUCGGGCGUAGUUCCUUCAGAUACAGAUUUUCGCGUAUUCCGUGAUGCGGGUGGUAUACCUGGAAUGGAUUUCGCGUAUACUGCUAACGGUUAUCGGUAUCACACGACGUACGAUUCUAUCGAUUAUAUUCCAAUGGCAGUACUGCAACGUACCGGGGACAAUAUAUUGUCCCUUACCAAAGCGAUUGCCAAUUCUGAAAACCUUGCCAACCCUCACCAAAAGUCGGAACAUACGGUAUACUUCGACUUUCUGGGACUGUUUUUCAUUUCGUACUCGGCAGAAGUGGGGCUUAUGAUCAAUUUAUCAGUAGUACUACUAUCAAUUAUUAUCCCGUUUUUGUCACUAGCUCGAUCAACAAGUGGCACUCAUGGGAAACAAAUUCGCUCCGAAACAGUAGUAGGGUUUGUGGCAACAUUGGUCGGAGUGGUUGUUAGUGGAUUGGUCUGCUUUUUUAUUGGAUACCAGCUUGACUUGAUAGGGCGUUCCAUGUCUUGGUAUUCGUCCACGAACCUAGUUCUGGGGGUGUACUGCUGCCCAGCAUUGCUCUUCCAGUGUCUAACACAUAUGUUGUGUAGCAAAAUAUUGGGAAGCAAAACGACACCACUUAGCCUCGCACUAAAAGUUCAAGCUCGCUUGAAUGGUGUGAACUUAUUCUGGGGAAUGCUAACCCUAGGCAUUACUUUCACAGGCUACCGAAUAGCGUACAUAUUUAUGGUCCUUAUCUUCUUCUCACUCCUAUCGAACACCCUGAUCUCGAUGUUCGGUGUGCAAAACUCUGUUCACAAGUGGCUUUAUAUACAUUUGCUCUUCCAAAUAUUCGCCAUCCUAUGGAGCACUCAGUUCUACCAUAUGGUACUGAACCUAUUCAUUCCAAUAACCGGUCGCAUAGGAGCAUCGAUCAAUCCGGAUUUGAUAAUAGGAGCCAUGGCGACCUGUCUCACGUUGCUCUCAACCAGUUAUAUGACUCCGUUGAUAUUUCUACUGAAAAAGACCGACAAACUCAUCGGAGAGCUGGUAGCAAUAACAUGUAUCGCUUUAUUGCUCGCUUCAUCCACCCAUAUUGGAUUCCCCUACAGAGACGAUAGCUUGAAGGCUCCUACCGUUCAGAGGCAUUAUAUAACGCAUACGCUUCGAACGUUCCACGACUACAACGGUGGAGUUCGAUACACCGAUUCUGGGUAUUUACUUCAAGAACUUGACCGCAAUGCUAAGAAGACGAUCGAGGGAAUAGCAAUGCCCGAUGGGAUCACUCCAAUGCGUGAAAUAGUAACUUGCGAGAAGGAAUUAUUCUGUGCUAUUCCUUUCUACUCCAUAUGGCACCAGGUGUUGUUCGAAAACUAUUGGAUUCCAUCGCCGCCACCGAUCAUACAUACAUCGGUGAAGUGUUUGCUGAGUGGUAAAGAUAAGAUUUCCGAGAACGAGUAUCGAUUGCAACUGACGCUGCACGGAGACCACCAGUGUGCAUUGGUUAUUGGUCCAAAAGCUGGAGCUUCGCUCGUCAACUGGGAUUUAGUGGACGAGCUGCCCAAUCCCAUCGAAUUCAAUAGCCAACGCGGGUAUUUCGUACUUAUAAGCAGUGGGCUUAAUCCCGUUCCACUAAAUUUCACGUUACAUAUGAGACAUGAAAUUUCAAAUUAUGAUGGUCCAUUGGUGGAUCUAACCGUGACAACAACGUUUUGGGAGCACCAAAAGCAGCACACGCCUGUUUUUAACAAACUGUUGGCUCGUGUUCCGACAUGGGCCCAUGUUGUUCCUUCUGUAGCCGCUGUCAAUAGUUAUAUAUUCUAACUUUAGGUUAUAAUUUAAUCUAAACAGAAUAUUGUUUCCAUGUUCAAAGAUUAUGACAACCUCAAAUGGUUUGAAUUAGAAUGUAUUUAUGAGUAGACGCUUUAGAUGCUCUUCCUCAGUAUGUUGAGUCAAUAGAUACAUUCAUCCCAUUUUUGAUACUUUGCAGAUAGUAUAUACUCGAGUCGAUAGCAGAAGAGGUAACACAACUUCACGUCUAAUCUAAGGACACUUAUAGUUGAGCCAUUUGCUUUCGAGACUUGAGCCAUUUUUUCCGUACGUUAGUUCUAGAAAGUAGAAACACGCACUAUCGUUUUGUUGUGUGUGUUUUUUUUUAUUAUUUGAUUUUAAGAGGCGUAGCACUUAAGGCUUUUGCCUCGCUGUAACAUCUAGAGCUGAUUAAAUAACCCAGUGGUCUUCAAAAAUUGUAUAAGCUUUGUUUCGUUAUCGGUUUCUUGGGAUAGGUUGUCGUGCUGAGAAUGACUCAGACGAAAUUGUUGUCGAUGUUCUUCCUAGGCUCUACAUUCGGCGAGCAUGUGUUGAACAGUGAGCUGCACUCCGCAGGUGAUACAAACUGGCUGUUCAGUUUUACCGCAAAAGUGCUGGGGUGACAUUACGCAUUUCGAAACGAGUGAUUUUUGUUCCUUCCGACCAUUUUGACAUGCCUUUAACCAGCUUUGUUUACGAACCCAAAUAUUUUACAUUUCUCUAUGAGACAAAUUUUGCUCUAAAUCUUGUACACCGAAAAUAUGAACUUGAAAAAUAUUCAUAAUUCUGAAACCAUUUCGAUUUGAGUUCGAAUUUUCUCGAAACGAGUUACUCGUUUCGAAAUGCGCAAUGCCGACCCUGAUCUCUUUAUAUUUCCAAAUGUUAGCCAGUCGGUCUGCCAGUUCGUUUCCAUGAAUACCGACAUGACUGGGAACCCAAACAAGUGUGAUCACCUUAUUCACGGCGUGAGUUUCGGCUGCUUGAAUGAACGAGUGUUUGCUUCUCCCACAUUCUAUUAUGAGAAGUGCACUGGCUGAAUUCGAAAAAAAUGCCUUGGUCCCAUCUGCUCUGCUAAUUCCGUAUGAUAAGAUGUAGAUGUGAACACACUUGUUGAUGACAACACUUCUCAUACGAAUAUCGCGGGCUCAUUGGCUACUUUGAUGUACGAGCAUGUUUCACUCAUACGGAUCUCUUUUCACAGUAUCCCUUCCAUUCGAUUGAAUAACCCCACCUUCAUGCAAGCCGCUUGUCAUGCUGUUAUUUGAGAUUUACGUGUGAUCCUAUCAAUUGAACUAGUGACCGACACUCAAUUGACACCUGAUAAUGCCUUGGUUUGUCUUCAUACAAAAACAGAGGAACAACUGGUGAGAGUGAAUUUCUUAUUUCUUUUAUUCUUACGCUCCUCGCAUUACUGUGAGAGUAAGGUAAGGUUACUCAUGUAAAACAUGAGUAAGGGGCAUUAGGAAAUGCUCUCCCAUCACCUGCUCUGUGUAUGCCUUGCUUAUAUGACAGUGAAUGAACCGAAAUAAUGCUUCAAUGCGGAAAGCUCAGGUUUUGAGAAUGAAUUAUUUGUUUUCGUUCGGCCAAAAACAUUCAUCACAUUCAAAUGAGAAGGGAGAGCGUUCGUUUGACAAUGAACCCUUUCGGAUAUCAGUUGACAAGGUUAGCCAAAUUCAAGCGAUCGAGUAAUGCUUUGUGACAAAUGGUAUUCUUUGUCAUUUUCGUCGGUUUCUUUCGAUUGAGCCUGAAUUUUCACCGCACUGGCUGUGAUUCUUCUCAGAUCACCAGGAGGAUGCUGCAUGGCUUUUUUAAGCAGUUUUCUACGUCGUUUCAUUGCCGCUGCACAUGCUGGAUUCCACCAAUAUGCAUAUCUUUUAGGACGAUCAAGCAUGGACCUUAGAAUGGUGAUCGACGCUGAUUCAACAAUAAAGCGGGAGAUGGCGGAAAUAUCCAUGGAACAAUUGUGACAAUUGAACAUUUUGUUUCCGAAGAGUACCCAGUUGGUCAAACGCAUAUUAAAUCUGCUUCGGCCAGUUACUCUGGCAACUGUGGAAUCCAGUUCAAUGAGGGUUGGAGGGUGGUCGCAGUUCGCAGGGUCUAAGGGGAUUUUUCAGGUGAGUCUACUGACCAACGAGUGCGACGCGAAAUUGACAUCUAUAGCAGUGUUGGCAUUACCGACAGUAUCGAUACGGGUGUGUGUUCCAUUGUUUAGUGGUGUCAACUCGUUUUCGCAGGCCGAUUCAAAAACUCUGUUACCAGUGUUGUUGGAUCCCAGGUUGUCCCAGGACAAAUGUCUGCCGUUGAAAUCACCGACGAACACAGCUCUUCCAAAAAUCUGUUCGGAAAUGCCCAUCAGUGCGCAGAGCACUGUGUGUGUUGUUGUAUACGCAGACGGUUUUCCCAAUUCCAGCAGACGCCGAACGAACGUUAUCGCGUCGAACGCGGCUAGUAAACGGAGGAGUGGAGGAGAAGUUACAUCAAUCGUGGCCAGAGGGAAAGAUUUUUCUGAUUGUGUUGGAAACUUGCCUGUGGUGCUUCCAGUUGCCUGAUAUCAGCAAGCACCGAACGCACGUCGGGGUGCCCCGGAUCAUGUCCGGACGCGGCUGGCAAGGGGCUACGAGGGAGAAAAGAUGCUAAAAUGUUUGCAUCCAAAGAAGCAUUCGGGAGUUUUCGUUAAUUGUACCAUUUCCGUGCCCGUUAUCAUUGCCGUGUCGGAUAUCUUCGUCGGAAUUGGUGAAUCUACUCGAAAUUAUCACCGGAAUUUUUUCCGGCUUCGGUUUCGUCUUCAGUGCCGCUUAAAUACAUAGAUACUGAUGCUUGGGUGUUGGUUGGUGAAAAAUCGUGCAUGAUUCGAUAAGCUUCCUUAUGCUUCCGCAUUGUUUCUCGCAAUAUAGGGGAAAUACGGCCAAGCUUUGUACCUUGUGAUUCAGUGUCCGUUGACAGGGUUGUGAAUAUGUUGAUCGAUGACAGUGCUUUGUAGCGAUGUAGAAUCUUCAAUGAGGGAACUGAUGCCGAUCGAGAGUGACAUGCUGUUUAGACUUAUCUGCAGUUGUCGUUCCUUUUUCGCUUGUUUUUUUGAGAGUGGCUGAGAUUUUUGUGCUUGCUGUUGUUUCUGCGUUUGAUGAGGUUUUUGCUGUUCUUGAGACUGCUGUAUUUCCUGGUUUUAAGAGGCUAUUCGCCGUUCCGCUUUUAGAAUGUACUCCCGCAAACUUUCUCUUUCGUUUUCAGCUUUUUCCUUUGCCUUAAAUGUGCUAUCGAAUUUUUGUUGCAGAUUCCUCAACGAGCUUUUCAAUUCAUCGAUCUCAUAUUCCUGAAUUUGCAUUCUUCGGAGAACGUUGUUGUCGUUAAUUUUGGGAGGACUUUCUCUAGACAGCAUAACGUGCUUGAUUCCAGUUGAGAUUGUUGUCAACCUUAUAUUUGAUGAUAACUUCCUCUUCACGGUAUUUUGAACAAUGUCAACUGUUGCAGCUGUGCGCAUUUGACGAUUCUUUCGUAACUUCUCCGUCACAAUUGGCUCAGGGUAGUGUGCACAUUUAAACUCCCGUGUGCAUGGCGUGCAUGGUGCCUGCUGGUUAUUUUCAUGAGAACCUGCGCAUUUGUGCAUUUUAUUAAGCGGGUAAGAGAAAACGUUUCUCGGCAUAUUUUUUGGCCAUGUCCGUAGCUGCUACAGCGUCUGCAUAUUAGAGGGGACGGACAGUAAGCCAGGCAUUCAACUCUUAGCCACCCAAUAUCUACGUAGUCGGGGCGGAUUGCAGAAGAAAACGUGAGGACAACAUUACCGCGAAAUUCACUGGUUUUUGUCUUUUGAUUAAAUGUUGAGAUAGAAAAAAACAUCGAAAACACCUUGCGAAGCUUGUUCGGAUAACAAUUUUCCUUAGACACUAAUUUCACUUCAGGACAAUAGAUUUUUCCUUGUGUUCGAUUUAUCGCAGGAUGUAUAAUAACCUCGAUACUUGUAUUAAGCUGUUUGAGAGAAAAUAAUCCUUCCGCAAUGACAGGAGACAUGGUUUGUAGAAGGUAGCGUUUCCCUUCAUCUUCAGCGCUGACCGAAAUACGAUUGCGGAUACUGUCCAAUUUCAACCUGGGCUGCCAGAACAAAAGGAUCGGGAAGAGAUUGAUCCCUAGAAGAAGGAGAACGACGCAGAAGAAGCCAUCAACAAAUACCGUAAUUUUCUUUUGUUCUCACAUGACUUGGCAAGCGACUAGGCACUCCGUUGACAGAACCCGGCGGUUUGAAUUCACCAGAAUCGGUCACGGCACCCGCCAUGGUGCCGGAUAGAAAAAAAACCUUCGCCACCCAGCUCUAAACAAAAACGAAACAAUAAGAAGCGACUGCCGAAGCAAUAAGCCCGAAACAAUGAACAAAAACUCAACACGAUCAGCAACACGCCUGCUCCUGAGAACUGAUACACUUCGAGUUGUUGUUGUGUGUGUUUUUUCACUUAUUUCAUUUAGAAAUGCUCACGAAAGUACUAUAUACUCGAGAUGAUGAGAGUUACGAGCGAAUAUAAAUUGGCUGUCCAUUGCAAUUCGGCAUAUUAUUCAAAACAGACGUAAAGAAACGGAUGUAGCCAGUUGCUUUCGAAAUUUCGUAGCACAAUAGGUUCAUCAUUUUCCAGAAAAUCUCGCAUUGCAAAAGAGCGAUCGGGUUCCGGUAGGCGGUGUUCAACCUUAAUCAAAUCAUUUUACAUCGGCCAGUUAAAGCCUCCAAUUUCAUGCAAAAGUCUUCUUUGAAUACAUCUUUUAAUUUGAACUAUGGAUUAACCAUGAUUUACAAGUUUUAUCAUAUCAUAUUAUUCAUAUUAUUCAUUUCAUUUAAGAUUAUGGUUAUAUAUUCCAUAAACUAGGGUUUGAUGUAUCGUGGAAAUUCCAUUUAUACAUAGUUGAAAAGGAACAAUAGUGAACCCUUUACAUUCGUAUCGCAGACGGUGAAAGUUUUCAUUAAUUCAGUAAUUCACACCUUUUCAAAUCAAAUAAGAAGCGCUCAAAAACGCAACUCGUCGCAUUUUUUUUCGGCCAAAUAUGUCAGAUUAAGUAACAAUCGUAAAAACAACAUUAUUAAUUUCGUAAUGCACUAUAAUUCGGUGCCAGCCGAUGCGAAGAUGCUUCGAAAUCAGUGCUGAAGUGAAAUUUUAAACGAAGCGCUUAACGCUAUUUAACCAAAGCUAUAAAUGCAAGUUCACAAAAAUUAAACGUAAAAAUACACCAAUUUUCUUAGAAAAAAAACAAAUAAUAUAAGAGGUUUGAUAUUAAUUCUAACUGCGAUAAAAAAGUAUUGUUUGAUUGGAAGAAACAGAAAUGUACUGGUUUAGUAGGCAAUGGUUUGAGGAUAAAACAGCUUACAAAGUAGAUAAUAUGUAAGAAAUUGUGACCGGAAAAAUCGGCAAGAAACCAUCUGCAGCAGAAACAAUUGCACAGAAAAACGUGUGAUGUCACUAGUAGGCUAGAAGAUUGUGACGCGGGAAAAACAUCAUGGGUAUAAAUGCCCCACAGAAAAGCAUAAUUUCUAUAAUAAAUUGAUUUUGUAGUUUUUGUUUUCGAAAUUCAUUCUGAGGUGAAUAUAAUGGGAGCUAAGUCCUUCACGAGAAUAAGGAAUCGAGGCGGGCCAAGUCUCACAGACCGUCCUAUACCCAUGAUGUUUUUCCGUGUCACUUGUGGAUUUUUUUGUGCGGUUGUUUCUGCUGCAGUUGUUUUCUUGUCGAUUUUUUUCCGGAAAUCGUAAAAAAUAAUAUUCCUCAGAAACUCCGGAUACUUCUUCUUUCUCAAUAUCAACCAACAAAUUUCUUACUAGUUUAGAAAAUAAAAAAUGUUACUGCUUUGAACAUAGAUAAUUCGUACUGAGGUCAUAAUUCCUAACUCUAUUAUAAUAGUAAUAAAAGUAUCACUUGAUUACAUUAAA